GGUUGAUUAGGGGGGGAAGCUAUUUAAUCCACUUUAGAAUAAGGUUGUAAUGUAACAAAAUGUGGGAAAAGUAUAUUAGUAUAUUCAAAAUGAAUCCACGGGGUGUGAUGUACUACUGAAGUCCACACAUUUACAUUAAGAGAAGAGACAGAAUACAUCAUCUUGUUUUUAUGAUGUUUGUAACGAUGAUGAUUGCGGUGAUGAUUGUGUGGUUUUUUUUGCAUAUAGUACCAAUGCAUGUUUGGACAAUAGGCCGCAGGGACUGAAUAUGUGUGCAUUGGGCUAACUAUUAGCUUUCCGGUGUUUUCCAUAUUGUAUUACUAUGGUGUGUUUAUGUUUGUUUGUAUGUUGAAAUCACAAAAUUAAUUUCCAUGUAAAUGGACYAGUAAAGUAUACUUCAUAUCAUAUACUAUUUAAAUUACAUGCCAAUAAAGGAAUAAAGUGGUCCUAUUAGGUUUCAGAUAUAUUUCUGGUUGUCAGGUUAAUCUAAAGUAUGUCAAAACAAGACUAUAUUGUGUUAAAUAAUGUUGGGUAAGUGYUACACUGCAUUAGAGAGUCACAAUAACAUUAUCACCUGUUCUCACUGCUUUAGUGUCACUCUAUCUCCCUGGAUUUCCCUGGAUUUGCAUCUGUCUGGACAUGUAGAGCCUUCUUGGGUAUUUCAAGGGAAAUUCAAGGUGUGAGUCUUAUGAAUUGUACACUGYCGUUGUGGCAGAGUUCCACACCACAGUACUGUCCUGUCUGAUCACUGAUUCUCUUCAGGUAGAUGCUACAAUGACAUCUAACCUGACAUCCCCCCUGUUUCUUCUGGACUGUGGCUCUUUCAAUUAUCACGACCUAGAUGUGGUUAUCCCAUGUCUGUACUUUGCAAUGUUCCCACUUGCCUUGAUGUUGAAUGGGGUCGCGUCCUGGGUCUCCCUGCACCUGAGCUCAACCUCCACCUUCAUGGUGUAUCUGAAGAACCUUGUGGCCGCUGACCUUCUCAUGACCCUGACCAUGCCUAUUGUGGCGGCCAGUAAACUUCCUACGUCAUCUGUGGGGAUACGACUGUUCUCCUGUCGCUACUCAGGUGUCAUCUUCUACACAUGCAUGUACACAAGCAUCACUCUACUGGGCCUCAUCAGUCUGGACCGCUUCUUCAAGAUCGUCAGGCCCUGUGGCAGGUUGUUGGGUCAGAACCUGGUCUUCGGUAAGGUACUGUCUGUCUCUGUGUGGGUGGCGCUGUUUGGAGCCACUGCUCUCCCUACCAUUAUCCUGACCAAUCAGGGUGCCAGCAACAAGACGGAUGCCUCCUGUAUGUCCAUGAAGAGCCCAGCCGGGGUCAGACUUCACACAGUGGUGGUUGUGUUCAUGGAUGUCUUGUUCUGGGCCGUGAGCAUACUGGUUGUAGUUUGCUACAUGUGCAUCACCAACAAGGUCCUCCAGUCCUUCAGAAACUCCGGCAGCGAAAACAGCCAGGGCAAGCAAAAGACAAAGGUCCGUGUCUUUCUGGUUCUGGUCYUGUUCUCUGUGUGCUUCAUUCCAUUCCACAUCGUGCGGAUCCCACGCACCAUUCAGCAGACCGACAAUGUCAUGGGCUGUUCUCAAGACUCCAUCAACAUCGCUCAGAAGGUGACCCUGUGGCUGUCCACCGUCAACAUCUGCCUGGACCCACUCCUCUACUUCUUCCUGUGCAGGGAGUUCAGAGAGAAACUUAUGGGGAUGCUGAACAGAGGAGGGAUCCUUCACAAAUAACAUCAGGCACCACAGAGAACCGCUCAACAUAGACAGGGAGGAGUAUCAUCCAAUUGGACAUUUCUCUAAUUGAGACAAAAACAUAUUGUAGACUAUAUAGGGGAUUUGAA